AAAGAGUAGUCGCUAUGUCUAGCCACUGUAUGUUCGAGUUUGCUUUCCGUUUUGGCUUAUAUUUCUGGGGUCAAUUUAGUAUUAUUUCCUAUCAUUAAUUUAAUACAAAAGUACAGGAAGUUGUUUAUUGUUAGCAUUACACUGGUACGCAUUAAAACAAAAUUGAUGCCUUUGGCAGGAGCAUCGAAAUGGAUUCGUUUUGAUGGUGUUUAAUCUUCUGUUUUCCCUGAUGUCAAAUAUCGGCGGCGUUUGACGGCGUGUUCUUCUCCUGUGGAAUCGAGGUUCGGGCCUUCCUUUGGGGCUAGCUAGCCUACGACGUUUCACGCCAUUUAUACGUCAUUUAGGGUCAUUUUGGCACUAACCUUGCUUCUUACUGAUUUAAGUGAAAUGUCAGUCCAAGGAUUUAAUCCAAGUUUAGAGAUGAUGGCACCAGCCCCCACAAGUGCAGAUGCCUGUCUAAGUAUUGUGCACAGUCUAAUCUGCCAUAGGCAAGGUGGAGAACCAGAGAGCUUUGCCAAACGUGCCAUUGAGAGUCUUGUGAAAAAGUUGAAAGAGAAACGUGAUGAACUGGACAGUCUAAUCACUGCCAUCACUACAAAUGGAGCUCACCCUAGUAAAUGUGUCACCAUUCAAAGAACACUGGAUGGCCGCUUACAGGUUGCUGGAAGGAAAGGAUUUCCUCAUGUUAUUUAUGCAAGAAUAUGGCGUUGGCCAGAUUUGCACAAAAAUGAACUCAAACACCUGAAAUUCUGUCAAUUUGCUUUUGACCUGAAGUGUGAUAGUGUGUGCGUUAAUCCCUACCACUAUGAACGCAUUGUUUCGCCAGGUAUUGAUUUGUCUGGACUAACACUUCAACAUACAGCUCCUCCUACUCGUCUAGUAAAGGAUGAAUUUGCUAAUGAAUGCGUGCAGGUUGAACAACACAACAUCUCCCAUCCACCUCUCCCAACUCCCAAUGGAAUGGGAAUGUCGGGUUCAGGUAGUCAUGUGCAAGGAAUGAGUCCCGGAAUGAUGGGAAACUUCCAGAGGAUGAUGUCACCUGCUUCUCACCAACCUCGGGCUCCAGGACCAGUUCAUAUUGGACAGCAGUCGCUACCCCCUACUUCACUUCAGGGCCACUCCUCGGGCUACCAAGUCUCAUCAACAGCUACAAGACCAGGAGAUUCACCAAGGAUUGGUUCUGUUGGGCCUUUGUCUAGGCCUCCGGGACCUGUAAUGCAGCAGUCGAGCCCUAGACCUCAAGGGCAAGCAUUCAGAUCUGAUGCUUCUCCAUCGCCACAAAUCUUGCCACAGGCCUCGGCCCCAGCGACUCAGCAGCAACAACAGCAGCAGCAGCAAAACCCACCACAACACCCUUCUCCAUCUACCUCAGGGCCUCCGGGUCCAGCAUCCCCAACGGGUAGCAAUCCUCAAACACCUUCUCGAGUUCUAGGUAGUACAGCUGCAUGGAGGCCAUCUCCUAGCAGUACAGGUCCAUUUAAUCAGAGUAGCAAUGGACCGAAUUCCAACACCCCUGGACCCUACUGGAACCAGGCCAACCAACUACAGACUGAUAUGACAUUGAAUACGCCAAUCUCAUCACAUCCAGGCCCUGAACACUGGUGUUCUAUUGCCUACUUUGAACUGGACACUCAGGUUGGUGAGAUAUUUAAAGUACCAUCAAACUGCUCAACUGUAACAAUUGAUGGCUAUGUGGAUCCAUCAGGACUAGAGAGGUUUUGUCUCGGCCAGCUAUCCAAUGUCCACAGAACAGAAGCUAGUGAGCGAGCCAGGUUACACAUUGGCAAGGGUGUCCAGCUUGAUCUUAGAGGAGAGGGUGAUGUUUGGGUGCGCUGCCUGAGUGAUCACGCUGUGUUUGUGCAAAGCUACUAUUUGGACCGUGAAGCUGGUAGAGCACCAGGGGAUGCUGUUCAUAAGAUAUAUCCUAGCGCUUAUAUCAAGGUAUUUGAUCUUCGUCAGUGCCAUGCCCAAAUCAGGCAGCAAGUAGCUACAGCUCAAGCAGCGGCUGCAGCCCAAGCAGCUGCCGUGGCCGGUCAUGUUCCAGGCCCUCAAUCUGUGGGUGGUAUCGCAUCAGCAGUCAGGUAUUCAGCUGCUGCUGGUAUAGGGGUUGAUGACCUCCGAAGACUCUGUAUUCUUAGGAUGAGUUUUGUGAAGGGAUGGGGUCCGGACUACCCAAGGCAGAGCAUUAAACAGACUCCAUGUUGGAUUGAGAUCCACUUGCAUCGAGCACUACAACUCUUGGAUGAAGUCUUGCAUACUAUGCCUCUGAUGGAGCCGAGACCGAUGGAUUAAUUAACAAAUGUAUCGCUCUGUACAUAGCAUUUUUAUCCUGCUUAUCAUUGGACAAGUCAUUACUGAUGUUAAAUACACAGUAUCUGAAAUAGGUUUUUUAUUUGGGGGUGGGGGAAUGUUGAUUUUCUUACUAUAAUGAUGGUAGGUUAUGCCAAAUAUUAUUUAAAACGAUGCACAAAAUGCCUAAAGUGUGCAUUCCAUAGACUGUUUUUGUUUUUUAUUGUACAAAAGUUGUGUAAUUGUCAGUGGAAUUAAUUUUUUUUAUAAUUUUAGAUUCCUAUGUAUGCUUAAUUCUCUAAAAUAUUAAUGUUUCAAUAAUUGUCAUCAAUUUCAUGAAAGUACCAUAUCUUCAAAAUCAUGUCAAAAUACGGAAUUUUGUAGUGUGCCAUUGUUUGUUUUUUUCAUGUUAAUUAUUAUGUUCAUAUCCAUAAAAUCAUGUAAAAGUAAAAAAUAUCUUUUGUUUACAUGGGGGUUUUGUUGUCUUUUCUACAAAUUCAUAUCAACGAAAGUAAUGAAAUUGGUAAAGCAUUUGUAGAUUGUGCUGUCUUUCUUAUAUGAUGGCAACUUCAAAUUUUAUAUGUAUUAUAUUUUAUUUUAAUAUUAUAUCAAAUCAGAGUUGCAUUAUAAAACACAUUUUGAGAAUACUAUUUAACUUCCAAAUCAUGCUAAUUAAUUAGAAAUAAAGUCAUGAUUAUUAAUUAUAAAAUGAAUAGAAUUUGCCGGUCAGCAGUAUAGACGAUAGGAGCAAUUUUGCUGCCCUGAUUUGUAAAUACAUUGCAUGUUCCUGUCCUCCUUUUUUGUAUUGUAAAUGCUUUUAUUAAGAAAAAAACUGAUUAAAUGAUCAUCCCGGUAGGAGAUGGAAGUGCCGUAA